CAACAACAACAACAUCAAACAACCCUACACCUUUUGGAUCACUACACUAUAAUCCAUCCAAUCCAAUCCAAUCCAUUUCAUACCAGUCCAAAGUGUUUGAUUCAGUCGACUCAAUCACUGCCUAUUUCAACUCACAACAGUCAGUCCCAACUGAAUCCAAACAACACAAUCAUUCAAUCAUUUGUAAAGAGACAGUCGCGCCCCUAUUAUAACUUAAAGGUUAUACACGAUAAACUAAUCUAUAAUCUAAAAAUAAUUAUAAUUAAGACACUCGUCUUCGACGACAUUUCAUAUUCUAUCCAAUCACCUAUAUUCAUCCCUGACAUACUUGGCAAUAUACCCUCAGAGUCAUUGACAGUUCAUUGGACCCUCCCUUCAAUUAAGUCCAGUCAGUCUACCACUUUAACUCUUUUCAAAUCCAUUGAGAUACUCUCUCUCUUU